CACCACGGUGCCCGCUCUGGUCCGUUCACUAUCCUACUGCCCCGAGCAAGCAACGCCUAGUGCCCUUCCUAACGGCAUAUUCACCGUCCAGCCAUAGGACGGCUUUGGAGCCAACAGACGCGCGGGUUUUACGGAAGCUUGGUGCUUCCAUCUGCUCUUGACAUGGUACUAUCUCACUAUCUUCAAACCUCACACACAUCGCGAUUAAAUCCAGACCUGGUCCUGCAUCCCACCACCCCACGGAUGAAUCUACAGCGCUCAGUCUGAGACGUCUGUAUUUCUCCAGACACAGCCCCUACCACCGCCUCAUACUUUUCGACGUUUCGGAAAUGGUAGCGACGGUUGUCGGAGUCCGCCAGUUGUAUACCGCCCGUCGCAUUCUCGCCGAGAUCCAGCAUCGCAUCAACGGCUUCAACACGUACGGUUAACAGUACUAAGCAAAACAGCGCACAACUCUACUCAUCCAUGGCCACCAUGGUGCAGACCGGGAGCGUGACCACCUCCCGUCUCAAAGAAGGCGCGGUCAUAGACGUGCAGGAGAUUCCGAACGGAGCCCGACCGGCGCUGCUAAUCCUGCACAAUGAAGGCGAGGAGGACAUUGUAGGCAUCUUUGCGGAUGUCCUGGGCCAGAAAUGGGAGUCGGCGACAUCGAUGGACGAAGCGCUGGCAGGGCCACGGGAGACGGUUUACGGUCUAAGCAGCGGGCUGGCCAAACCGCAACUGGACGCUUGGGAUCGCUCUAGGCUGUUGAUCAACACACAUCGAGUGGACGGCGGUCAUGAACUGGACGAGAGCAUCACCGACCGAUGCGACUACGAAUACCUCUACACGCGCGCGCCCUUUUUCCGUCGCGACGUGUCGCGAUACCUCUCCUUUGUCCUGGGCCAGAUUGGGCCCCACCGCGACCUCACCAAGAAGGCGCGCACGACGCUGAUAUCGACGACGUUUCCCGACGUGCACGCUGCACUGCCCAAUCUUGACAUUCUGUCGGUCGGCGCAGAUGCCAUCGAGAUCCGGGUCGACCUGCUGGAGGAGCCUCUGCCAGAUGGGACGGUCAGCAAGAUACCCAGCUUGAAGUAUGUCGGCGAGCAAGUCAUGGUGCUGCGUCAACGCACGGAGCUGCCAAUCAUCUUCACUACGAGGUGCACCAAGGAAAAUGGCCGGUUCCCCAUGGACGACCCCUCUCUGUUCUACCGAUACCUUGCGCGCGCGAUACAAUGGGGUUGCGAAUACAUUGAUGUGGAAUUGUGGCUGCCAGAGGAGAUUAGGAGGAAGCUGGCCGAGAACAAGGCGUGCACCAAGAUCAUCUCGGCGUUCCACGACUUUUCGGGCAACUUCAAGUGGACCUCGCCUGAAACACAGCGUCUGUUCGAGAUGGGAGCGGUGUACGGGGACAUUGUCAAAAUGUACGCACUCGUCAAUUCGAUGCAGGAGAACUACGAGCUGGAAUACUUCCGGUCGACUAUCCAAGCCAAGUAUCCCCAUCCUCCCUUCUCUGGUCUCAAUAUGGGGCCCAUGGGCCAGCUAUCAAGGACCUUGAACAAAAUAUUCACUCCGAUUACUCAUCCAUUGUUACCCAUGAUUGCAGCGCCUGGCCAACUAAGCGCAGCCGAAAUUAACGCAGCGCUCCACACAAUGGGCCAGAUGCCUAAGCAGGACAUCUACGGCAUCGGAAGUUUUCGGUCGACGUCACAAGCCAUGUUUUUUGAGAAGUGUUUCAACGAGCUUAGUCUGCCGCAUUCAUUCGGCUUUGCAGAAAGAGCUCCGAAGGCUUCGAUCGAGCAUAUUCUCCGACGCAACAACUUUGGUGGUGCAUACAUCAACCCGCCGUUGGCAGCCUCGGCACCGUACCUGCCUUCCCUUUCGAAUGCUGCUCGGGCCAUCGGACAAGUUGAUACAGUGCUAGUGCCUCCCGGGACCGGCAACGCCUCCUUCAUAGGAGACAACACGCGGUGGAAGGGUAUACGUGCAACACUGACUCGCGACUUUGUACCGUCGGCGUACAGUGGACAGGCGGCAUUGCUGCUCGCCAGUAACGAGGCUGAUGCAUCGGCGUCCAUCUUCGCACUGAAAAAUCUCGGGAUCGGGCCUAUAUAUACCAUAGGGUUCAAGUCCCACGGGCCCUUAUCUACUGACGUGUCACCGGUACGAUCGGUAGAGGACGUGAAGCGCCUGCAGCAGCCAUUCGUUAUCAUCUCGGCUCUGCCUGCUGAGAAGUCGCUACUGGUGGUGCCCCUGCUGAAGCACUACAGGGUUGGCGGAAGGAAUGGAAGCCCCAACGGACAUGGGUGCACAGGAACGAAGGCUGCGGGCAAGGUGUUCGUCGACUUGGCCAGUGGACCUCGAAAGGCGGACCCGUUGGCAAUCGCUACGUCGGCGGGAUGGACAGCGUAUGGCAUUGCGGACGUCUCAGCGUGGACGACGGUGGAAACGAUCCGGAAGCUCGUGGGGCAGAACGUGUGUUAUGACUUUGUGCGUCUGGCGUCCGGAAGGGGACAUUUUUAGAUUCAGCAAUUAGCAAUGUACACGCUUGAUGAAGAGUCCUGUGUCGAGACAAUCACAUGCGGCGUGACAGGAGCGAGGCAGCCUUGGGACCCAGG